CGUGCUAUGUGAAAGCCUUGAAUAAUGGCAUGAAAGAAUUUGCAUUAAGGAAACGACAAUGUUACGUGAGGAGAGGUAACAUUUCGAGCACGAUUGAUUGCAGUAGUGAAAAUGAGUGCAAUGGUAUUGGGACUGAUAAUGUCGAUGUGUAUGAGAUACAUACAGAUAACACUGCUAUUGGAAAAAAGUCCAAACAGUCCUCAGAAGAAUCGAAAGACUACUCAUCCAGAAAUGCUCUCCUCAUGGGGUUAGAUAACCACAAGGACGAUUUUAUAAAUAGUUUAACUUCAAGAGAAAUCAGGCCAUAUUGGAUGUCCUUCUCUAGAGACUAUUUCAUAUUCUCAAAAAUUGUAAUAACCCCUGUGAAAGAUUAUCCCCUGAAGAAUUUUACCAUUUAUAUCGAGAAUAAAGAGUGUAUGAGUCACCCUGGUGUGAUUUUAACUCCUCAUGAGAUAACAUGCAAUGAACCAAUAGGUGGGAGAU